UUCUCGUUUCUAGAUCUCGUUCCCAUCAGUCUGACACGCGAGAAUGAAGAUAGAAACGUGAUUUGGUGACGUCAUUCUGACGACAGGAAUCCAAGAUGGCGGAGGCUGCUGUCGACCAGUCUUCGGCAGGAUCGGUGUAUUUUUGCCAUCAAUGUACUCAAGAAGUACAACCUAAGCUUCCGGACUACACCUGCCCAAGAUGUGACUCAGGUUUCAUAGAAGAACUGACAGAUAACACAUUUGAACCAUCAGGGGAGGAUGAUGAAGAUGGCCCCAAUAAUAUUGAUGUCAACCCAGCAGAGCAGUUUGCAGAGUUAUGGAGUAGGACUUUCCUGGGCCUGGACCCAUCGUUGACGGAGCCAGGUCGGGGCUCUGCGGACAGAGAACGUGACAUACGAGACAGGAGAACACGGCUGCCCAGGACACAGCUACGCUUCAGAACAAGACCUGCCUCACACAGGGGCAUAGACAGGUCACCAGCACUAGAGAGUAUCAUCCAGCAGCUGUUGGGAGGACUAGGAGGGGCAGCAGGUACUGGGCUUUACCCACCAGUCUUUUUACAGUCAGGGACUGGUGGUCUCCCUGCGGGUUUCUUCAAUCUCCAUGGUAACCCUGGUGACUACGCCUGGGGACCAGGAGGCCUUGAUGCCAUCAUCACCCAGUUACUGAAUCAGCUAGAUGGAACAGGCCCCCCUCCUGCUGACAAGAAGAUGAUAGAUGCCCUCCCCACUGUAACAAUCAUCCAGGAACAAGUUGAUAAUGGAUUGGAAUGUACUGUGUGUAAAGAAGAGUAUCACCUGGAUGAAAGGAUAAGGCAGCUACCCUGUGGCCAUUGUUAUCAUUCAGACUGUAUUGUACCAUGGCUAGAAAUGCACAACACGUGCCCGGUUUGCAGAAAAAGCUUGGAUGGAAGUCGAACAGAUAUGGACAUGGACAACAGCCUAGAUCCCAGAUAAUCAUGUCAGCAAAAGUCUAUGUUUGACUUAAGGUAGUCGUUAUUGAUGCAGACAGCUUACACGUACCCUAUACAGUCUACUACCCAAAGAAAAAGAAUGAAAAAUCCACCAGGAUUUUAUAGACAUAAAAUCUUUUUGUUUUGUUACACUUUGUCUGCUGUACAACAUAGCCUUGAAUGAUUGAUAUGUAUGAGCUUGAUAUUUCUAUUGGUGAAGUUGAUAAGAGGGGGGAGGGAUGGGAAGACUCAUUGAACAUAAAAAGCAGGUAUAAAUGUAUGUAUAGAUAUCAUGAUAUCUGUGUUUGUUGUUAGCUUGGACCAAUGUCAGUAGCUGUUUCAAAUAGUUUGCCUUUUUACUUCAAUCCAGCUUUGUGUUCAAUAAAGGGGUCUUCCACAAUUUGUGGACUUUUUUAUCCAAUCAUUUCCUAUAGUGUUACAUGACUGAUAUAUGUAUUCUUACUGCCAAUUGAUGUUAAAUAGAUGAGCAUGAUCCUCCUACAAGCAUCUGGCUGCUGUAGAAAGAUUGCGUAAGUACUACUGUAUGAAUAAAAAGAGUAUUUCAUGAACGCAGACUCAAUUCUGACACUCCAAAAUCCAACAUAGCAGCAUGUACAUAUCAAAUUUGGAACACCACCAGUGUUUUUCUGGUGACCAGAGUGAUCAUGAAGAAACAGUUUCUUUUUUACACCUGUGUGAGACAGUCUGAUAAAACAGUUUUCAGUUUGUUCCAUGCUUUUGACACUCCGCUAAUGAAAGUUUCCACUGCCUUAAUUCCUUGGUUUGGUCAUCUUGUUUAAAAGAACAGCACAUUUUUGAGUCAGCACUUUAUAGAGGUCAUAACUAUUUGUAAUCUCCAACCAGAUACACGGUGCAUAAUGUAUACUAGUAGUAUCAAACUUCCCGUAGGUGCCCGUUUGACUCCCUUAGCCGGCUACACUCCUUGGCCAGCUUUGAUACUACAAUGUAUCUUAUGGCAUCGUAGGAUCUGCUUGGAGAUUAAACUAUUUGUGCUAUUCUUGUCAGUGACCACAGUUCAAACAAGCACAAAUUCCAAGGGGAAAAGGAAUUUUCAUGAUUUGAUGUUUUGCUAAUAGUGAGUUAAUGUAUAUUUAUAUGACAUAUGGACAACAAAGUAUUUUGUACACAACCAUGUGUUCUACAUAGUGUAAAAAGUACUUUUGUUGUCCAGUGACUUACCAGCCUGAAAGUAUUCACGGAUGUUAUAUAUGGUGCAUCACAAUCAGCUCAUUUUGUAUGAGGUAGGUUUCAACCUAAUCAUUUUGUUGUUCAAAUAAGAUGUAAAUUGCAACCAUGUCCAUUCAGCAUCAACCAGGUCAUAAAUCAAUUUUUCCCUAUAAAGCAGACUGCUUAUCAAAUCAACAAGACUGCAGAGAAUUUAGUUCAGUUUGUUGCUGGUUUGGAAAGAAGUGUACAACUCUGGCUUGAAUGUAGCUGUCUUGAAAAUAGCUGCAUUACCCAUCUGAUCAUAAUCAUUACAACCAGUGUUAGGGUAAAUUUGGAUGUUACUGCUCUAGUAGCACUUUUAUGUUGUAUCCUACUCUGAAUUGUAAAAGGGAAUGGGGAAUGGUAAAAGAACUACUGUUACCUUAAAUCCUGUCAAGAUUAAAGAAUGAAAAUCUAA